AAAACGGACAGACGAAACAAAACUAAAUUAAACAAAAAGAAAAAAAUAGAAUAAUGUGUUUAGGUUACAGAUGCGUCGUUACGAGGAAACGAAGCUCUGACAGAGAAGCCAUUUUCUCCAUUUUUGUCAUCUCUUCUAAUUUCUUCUAUUUAUUCCAAUUCUCCAGUAACGAGGAAAAAAAACUCACAAAGUAGAUUAUCCGUAGAUUUUAACUAAUUUACAAAAAUCUGAGCAGGAACCGAAGAAAAGGACUAUUUUACCCUUUUCUUCUUCCUUCUCUUCUUCCACCACCACGAUUUCUUCUUUUUUUAUUAGCCGCCGAAGGUUCUCCUCCGGCGCCAUUUUUUCUAGAUUUAUUGUUUCUCUUUAAAGAUGGGAACUGAAAUUAUCCGGCCUCAAAAUUGUUUGGUUGACCGGAUGAGAGAUUCUCCGGCAACACUUUUUAACUCCCGGAAGAAUCAUUUUCACCGGAAACCACCUCUCCGACCUGCCCAAAGGAGAAGAUUCGGUUCUGAUGAAUUCAGAACGAUGACGAAGAACGUUGUUAGGAGAAGAGGAGAGUCUUUCGAUUCAUUUUCAAACAUCAAAGUUCGGAAGUAUUCACCGGAGGUUUCUGCCGACGAUAUUUAUGCUGGAUCAUCCAUUUUCGUUGUUUCUCCGGCGCCGAGCUCGUUACCUUUGCCGUCGUUUUCGAGGAAGAAUGCGAAAAGUCAGAUUGUUGUCGUUUCCGUUGAUGACUCGGCGUCUCAAGAUCUCCGGCGACUUCUCCGGCUAGAGUUUUGAGAGAAUUAAUUAAAACGGAAAAGUUACCGGAAUCGUCAGUUAUUUAACGGUUAAUAUAUUUAACUGUUUCUAUAAUCUUCUUAUCCUUCCUUUGAAGGGAUGGGUAUGAAAACGAUUGAAUAAAAAGUACGGGGUCGGAUUUAGAAAUUAAUGUUAAAAAUUAACUGACUUUUUUCA